GGCGAUUCACCGCCAAUGGAGCGCAUUCGUCUGGUGUGGGCGUGGCGGGUGGUGUGUGUGUCGGCGGACAGUGCACUCUACUCAGCCCCACAGACGGCUCCUGGUGAACACCUCCCCAUGGCCCCCGUCCCCUGCCUCAUCACCGCCACACUCCUGCUCAGCGUCUGGCUCUGUGGUGCCAAUAGUCCAACAUGUCCGAAGCGAAUCGAUGUGAAAGUUGGAGACAAGGUGGAGAUUCCAUCAUGCUCAACCGCAGGGAUCACCGAAUCAUAUUGGAAAUACGAAGGGGAAAAAAUUGUUCAAGAUCUCCAAGUCAAACCGUCCCGAUUCAAAGAAAGAAUUGUCACGAACAACACAACUUAUAAUUUAAUCCUCUCUGGUGUAACUCAGCAAGACUCUGGGACAUUUGGAUUUUUCUCAUCAAAAGACCAUGAUCAAAUACAAACCGUCUUCUUCAACCUGACAGUCUACGAGGCCAUAACUCACAUCGACGCACGGGUAAUAAAUUCCACCUGGGAUCCUGAUGCCAGCAAAUGUGAAAUUUGGCUUAAGUGCACCGCCUUGCAUUCCGAAAGCGGGAACAGCGUCAACUACACCUGGACCAUCGGGAAUGAAACCCACACGGGUGCUACAUUCAGAUACUUCACCACAGAGGGCGAGGACACUGGCAAGUGCACCACUUCCAAUCCCGUCAGUGAGAAAUCUGCAUCGAUACAGGUGGAGUGCCGCAACAGCACGCAGGCUGGAGCAGUUGGCCACACAGAUCAGAGCACUCCAAUUCCAAAGAUCUGGAUCUACAUCUCAACUGGGCUGGGAGUACUGGUCCUGGUACUGGUUUUGGUUUUCGUCUGUGGUUUUCGUAGGAGAAAUGCAGCACCAGAAGUUAUGGACACCGUGUACGACAGCAUUGAAAAUGUUGAAUGGAAAGCGACCACGUCAAAGGAUGAGCCGAGUCUGGGACCACUCUAUGAACUGAUCCAAAACGUUGAAGCUACGGCCCCACAGCAGGAGAGCACUGGAAACACCAUCUAUUACACUGUUCAGCAAAGCCGCCUUAUGGACCCUCCCUCCUAACAAGAAGGAGAGCUGCUGCUGGCUCAAUGUGGUUCCUGAUGCAGAAGACGUCCAAAUAUACAAAGCCAAAUGAGAUUGCAGCAUCCUAAAACCAAAUGCUUAAGAUUUGUUUGUUGGUCAUCUGUGUGUGUACGGUUUAAUAAACAGAUUUGUCUUUUCUAACUAUUCUCUAGUGUCUAUAUACAGAUUGUUGAUAAGAUUAGCAUUUGGGAAAUAUCACCCACAAAUAAAAUUUGUGAGUAUUCAAACUAUCAAAUAUACCUGCUGACAAACAUGCUUAAAUUGCCUAAAUGCGUCAGCAUUUUAAGCAUCAAGUUUACAUUAUACACCUUUAUUCAUGACAUUGCCUGUUUCUCCCAGAUUCAGACUUGGUUUAAUUCCAAAUUCAUCGUCUUCUGUGCAGAAUGUGGCGUUAGCAUCUUUCAUUGACUUGCAGAGAUACAGUAGCCUAGCUCCUCUUCAUGUGAGGGAAAAUGGCUUAAAUCGAAUUUCCUCGCGCACACUCCCAUUCUGGACACACAGUGAAGAAUUUGGAAUUAUGCAACAUGUCUGAAUCUGGGUAAAACAGGCAAAGGCCCACCCACUUACAGAUAUCUCUGUAUCCCUUUAAGCUUGUUGAACCACUUGCAGCCAAAUGGAAGUUGUUGGAAUAAAUUGUGAGAUAAGAAACAAA